UUCUACUGAGCAACCACGAACAGGAUCCGGAUAUAACGCACCGAAUAUGACGUCGGAAAAUCUGAUUCUGCAAUUGUUCGAUACUAUCCCAGAAGAAUGGGACAUCCGCGACAAGUCCUGGAGGCCCAAUGAGGAAUUAGUGGAACUUGCAAAGAAGAACACGAUCGCUCGGUUUGGAAACACCGCUCCUCCGGUUAAGGCUGCUUGAAAGUUGACCUAUCAUCUAAAAGCAUCUCCAUGAGCAUUUCUCCAAGUAGGAAAUCCAUAGUUAGAGGAUAUGCGACCUACUAGAAGGAAAAUGCCAACUUUCAACCCCUAAUCGGAGGGGUCAACAGGCUGGUGCUGCGAAAAAGGGUACUAAAAAGUGGGAGAAUCCCUACGAAAAUGUGCCGGUCGACCGCAUUCUCGAAGUAGAUCCGGACUUUUUCCUAGCAGGAAAGAAUUGGUCGAUCGAGUAUGGGCUCUCUGUAAUUGCCUCGGAACACGAGUUGCCUCACUGGCGAUAUCUAGGAGUCUUUGUCCAGCGCGAACGCUUUCUAUCUGGCGUGAUGCACCGAAUCCGCGCAUUGCGGUCUAGAGUAUUGCGACGCACUCAGCGUGAGACACAACGAACAGAAAAAUGGCUUUUAAAAAGUAGAGGGCCAGAAUUGGGAUAUGCGGAACAGCCUAAAAUAACGUCGUUAGCAGCAGCGAAAGAAGCCGUUCGAGUACGAGACGGCCUACAAGGACAUCAACGAGGACAACACGCAAGUUCUUCUCACGGCAAGAAAUCUACAUCUAGUACGUCGUUCCUACCGUAUCGAUGGGAAGCCAUGCUUUCGCUCUUCCAGGACACGACUAUGAAGAAGCGAUGGUCUGGUGACAUGUCGUCGCGAUGGAGGUUGGUGUACCGAUUAUGCUGCCAGGAAUUAGGUUGGACUUUCAAACGCUUAGCCGACGUUCACAUUGGAGACGACCAAAAUGAGGAGUCUAGGAAAAGCAAAA